UGACAGAGGGAGAAGGAACAUUCUGAUUCUGAUUCUUAUUUCUACAUAACAAAAUGAACAAUAACAAAAGGGUCCUACAAAUUCACCUAUUUUUUUGUUUUUGUUUGCGUCUUGAGACUUGCCACAGAUAGAGGGGUUUAGAAAGAAACUUUUCCUUGCAUUCUUGGAGAAAAUUUGACUGAUAUACAUUUAAAUCCAAAGCAUGAUGUGAUCAAAAUUAAGACCAUACAGUUUGCCUAGUGAUGAGUGAUAAGAGAUUUUUCGUAAUAAAUCAAGGCCACAGAAAUAUUUGCAAUGAUCCAAUCUAAUGGGCUGCAUGAUUCCAUCAUAUUUUCCAUGAAAUACCAUAAUACCACACUCAGUCUCACACGUGUGUCUAGUAGUGAUGAGCUUGUGCCCUGUCAGCAUCAUUGACCCCAACAUCAGGCAGCAGAUUGACUCUCCUCACAGGGUCAGUCCUUUCCCACAUCCACACAGUGGGUCUGUGGGUCUCUCUCCAUCACCCCCAACCCAGCACCUGUUCCCCUGAGGUUUGACCAUUGUCCCCCAGCAUGUGGCAGCUCCACACUCCUCAUUGUCCUCUGCAGCUCAGCCAUUGGCUACUGACUGUGAGAAACUCCAACCAGCCCAAGACCCACACAUUCAUAUGGAGAUUUGGGAGUAUAAAUAGAGGAGAUGAAGCCAGUCCUGAUCAGAUUCACUCUACACAGAGAUAACUACUACAGCUACAGCUAUGGCUCCUACAAUCACUUCCACAGCAGAUUACUCAAAGGAACACCUGAGUCUGACACACAAGCAGAGAAAGCCAGCUGUCGAGAAGAUGCGCAGAGAUCGCAUCAACAACUGCAUCGAGGAGCUCAAGGCUCUCCUGGGUCCACAGCUCCUCAACCAGCAGCCCGAAUCCAAGCUGGAGAAAGCCGACAUCCUGGAGAUGACGGUUUGCCUCCUGAGACGAAAGCUUCAGCAAAGGAGUCUACCCUCCCAUGAUGCUGUUCACCAGGGAUUCACCAUGUGUGCCCAGGAGGUUGUUCACUUCCUGUCAAGAAAAGACGUUCAGACACAGUCCCACAGAACAGUGCUGAACCACUUCCAGACCCUGAAGCCCUUAUCUGAUGAGGACGUGCAAGAGUCAGCCCUCCCUCAGUUGAGUAUGUUGGACCAAGACAAAAUGAGAAAAGAGAGAAGUCCAGCCAGGAGCGCCCCCUGGAGGCCGUGGUAGAACACUACAGAUGCCGAUACAUACCCAAGAACUUUUGUUCUGAUAUUGUCAGUGUUCAUGCCUGCAAAUGCAUGUGAUUCAUUUUCUUUUCAUGAGAAAAGAGUAUAUAUGUUUCCAGAUGGAAACAGAACAAGCAUUCGCAAUUUGAAUGUUUAAGGGUUUGUUAAUGACUAACUCUGAAGUUACAGAAACUUUGAAACUGCCAUAUUGGCUCUCUUCACAUGGUUAUACAUGGAACAAACUUAGAUAUUGUCAUUACUAUAUAAUGACUCCUUUAUGCUUGUUUCUAAAGCUGAUCUUUGUUUCCUUUGAAACUCCAUUAACGUCAUGAAAAUGUACAUGUCUUCAGUGAAGACUCGGAAACCACAAAAAUGGUUUCCAAUCUUUGAAGCUAUAAUAGUGUGAUAAUGUUCAUGGUUUCAUAUGGGGAAAAAAUCCUGACUUGAGUCAGUAUUAUGCCAUUGAGACGUGAUGAUUUUAUUGUGCUUAAAUUCUGAGCAAAACUUUGUUUCUUACGAAAUGUUUUCAACUUCCUGCUUUGGAAGCAAUUUCCCUCUGUGAGGGAAGAGUAUUUGACUUUCUAAGUUCUCAACAAUGUGAGACAUAUACAACUUUCUUAACAUUUAAGAAUAGUUCAUGUAAUCUCCUUUUUCUUGGAGUGUUCUACUUGUGAAAUGUAUUCAUACAUAAUGGCCACAGUUGGCUUUGGUGUGAAUCUGUCAGUGUCUUUUAUAAAGACUUGUGUGAGAUUUGCCAUGUCCUACUGGACACAAGGCUGUCACUGCCAUUACUGUUCUAAUUUCUUAGAACACACUUAAUAAUAUCAAAUGGCAUAACUGUAUUUUGCACUGAAAAAAAAUGUAUCAAAUAAAAAAAUGACAUUUUCUAUAUAUUUUCUGUUGAGUGUCUUAUUCCAAUUUGUAUCUCCAGGUAGGGUGUUUUCUUUCAGUCCCAAUACAAGAGUUUUUCUGGAUCUUUUUUUUUACCAUGACAGCCCAUUUUUGCUCUAGGUGGCAGUAGUCCAGAUACUACAGUUAUCAAUAUCUACGUAGGCAUUUUCUGUAAUUAGUCUUUUUUAAAUAUACUUAAAUUAUUUAAUAGAGAAGUAGAUUAAA